GACUCAAACAGGAAUACACAGGGCCGAUAUUCGCAUUCCUUAUUCGACUUCGCUGAGGACACCUACAUAUUUCAGCUUCGACGUUUGCUACCUGUUGUUUAUGCUUCUUGCGUGAUGUUAUGAGAUAUCCUUCCCAAGUGCUUCAGUCACCGCUCUCUUCGUGAGAUGGCAGAUCUCAAUACCUUUUCAACAGCCCAAGUCCCACCUCAGUUCCUCAAGUCUGCUUUCCUCGUUGGCAAAAUCCCGUUUCGGACCUGCCGUUCCCAUCCCAGUGUCUGCUACACUCUAUACAUCCCGCCUCAUGCAUACAAUCCUGAUCCCAGUCGGACAACCGACGGGAAUCCAGCAUACAGCCUCCCCUGUCUUCCCCUAAUUGUCAGCAUUCAUGGAACAGGACGCAAUGCCGAGAACUGCCGCGAUCGACUCAUCGACUUCGCCGACAAGGAGCACGUCGCAGUCCUGGCACCAUUGUUCCCGGCAGGCAGCGAUGGACCGUCCGGCCUCGAUGGCUACAAGGUGUUACGCGCGAAAGGGCUGAACUCAGACCUCGUCUUGCUGGACAUUUUGGACGAGAUUGAGGCUGUCUGGCCAGGAAUAUCCACCCAGAAGAUCUUCCUGACCGGCUUCUCUGGCGGCGGACAAUUCGCACUCCGAUUUUUGUACAUUCACCCUCAGCGAGUCAAGGCUGUGAGCAUUGGUGCCCCAGGUCGAGCGACACUCCUGAGUGAUCAAGAAUGGCCAAGAGGGGUCGGAAACAUUGAAAGCAUCUUUGGCGCUGGGACUAUGGUGGACAUCGAAAAGAUUCAGGUCAUCCCGAUUCAGUUGAACGUUGGGUCCGAGGACAACUACAUCCAUGGCGGCGAUGACUUCUGGGCAUUCGUCCAGGAAAUGAAAGCCAACCUGCGAAAAAGUGGAGCAAUAGAUCCUCAAGCUCAUCAAGAUCCAGGUCUCGAGACCAUGAAAGAAGGGCGACUCGACGCCCUGACAAGGCUGCGAGAUUCGUGGGAAAGUCAUGGAAUCCACGCCGCACUGGAUAUUGUCCCGGGCAUAGCGCACGAGUCAAUCAAAGCGCUUCCCAUGGUUUUGGAGUUUCUCCAGCCUCAAAUCGAAGGAUUCGGAAGGGCUGCCGCUCUUUCAUAGAUUCUAACGGACGCUGGUCAUGAGUCCCUAUCGACAUUGAAGUUGCUGACUUUACGAGGCUACCCCGUAUACUUUGCCCAUUUCAUUGCCGGGGAUUGACCGACAGCCUCGUGGCGCCUAUUUAUAGUCAUGUCUCUUACGCUGUUGAAACACUCCUGACCACCCAAUCCGUCUGUGUCAGUGACCAGUACCCUCAGACAGAUGUACGGAGUAUGGCCGCAAUAUCUCAAGCUUCGU